AUGAAACAAGAUCUGUCCAAGUUAUAUGAUAAUAUUGUGGACUAUGCACCGGCUGGUUAUAAAUCCUGUUUCCAUGGCGUUAUCCCCAAGGGCGAUGGGCUAAAUUUAGAUUCUCCCGGGAGUUGGGACGAAGGCCAUCCGUUCCCAGCGAGCGAAGGACGCGCUCUGCCCUCUACUACGUCCGCUUUUAACGACGAUAGCAACUUAUUUAACAUCUAUCUUCGUAAAACGUUAUCAAUAAAAGAAGCUACGUGUCACAUUUACGGAAGGACGUCACUGUUACGACGACACACAUCCGUUAUUGUUAUCUGUUUGGACAGGCUAUCAGCAUACGAUCAGGGACACAUGGGAUCCCGUGCUGGAAAAACUGAGAAACGGAUACUACAAGGUGGACUCGUCGGAACUGGUUCCACGACCCACGUCGUGAUAGAAAUAAAAAGCGGGGUGGUUAUCGAACAGGGUCGGCGCCCUGAGUCGGCCUUCGCCCCCUCCCGCGGCGCAGCCCCCGCCGCUGCAAGGACGUCGCCCGGAUUGCAUAAUCGCGCACGCAACGAUACCGUUCACGAUCGAGAUGCGCGGGAGCCCGGCGCUAGUCAUGAAUCAGUGUUAACACGAGCCCGCUGGUCGGUAGGGGACAGGCGGGAGGGGAGAGGAGGAGAGGAGGAGGAUAGGAGGAAAAGGGGGGAAGCAGCAUCAGCAUCGUGUACAGGGGCGACCGGCGACUCGGCUGAUUUAUGCGCCCGCGACUCACUUUAA